AUGGUUACAUGGAGUAUCUGGAAGGCCUGUAAUGAGGUUGUUUGGCAACAAAAAUCUCCUACUGCUGCAUCAGUGGUUUUGUCGGCAAGAUCGUUCCUUGAUCAAUUUCGUUUUGCACAGUCACGGACGACAAGUUCGUUGUCUAACAGUUCGAUAGGACUGUCUUCGCGUGUGCAUUGGACUAUACCAAUUUCUGAUCGGAUCAAGGUCAAUGUUGACGGUGCUCUAUUUAAUGAUGUUAGCCGUUUUGGGAUGGGUUGCUUAGCCCGUAACCAUGCUGGUCAAGUUCUCGAGGCCUUCACUAGUAGCGAGGAGGGAAUUGUUAGGCCAGAGAUUGUCGAAAUCAUCGGGAUCAAAGAGGCCUUAAGCUGGAUCCGACGUCAUAAUUGGCAAAAUGUUCUGUUGGAAACCGAUAGUUUGGUCUGUGUUCAGGCUAUCCAGAGUGAGUUGUAUAUGCCAUCUGAGUUUGGUUUACUAGUUAAUGAUUGCAGAAUUGCUUUAUCUUCUUUGAGUCAUGUUGCUAUUCAAUUUGUUGAACGAUCUGUGAACAAAGCCGUCCAUUGUUUGGCGCGUAGCUCUUAUUUUUCUCCAGAUCGUACUUUUCAAAAUUAUCAGUUAAGUCCUGAAUUGCGUAAUAUUGUAUUGGUUGAUUUUACCGGUUAA